AUGCAGGCCCACAAGAUUUCGCGCUGCCUAGCACUGGUCCUGCUGUCCCUCAGCCAGGUCCGUGGCCAGAUCAUCCAGCCACUGCGCUAUCCGGGCGGACCGAUGCACCCGCAGCCGCAUCGGCAACAGCGCUCCCUCUUUGGUCCACCCGGUCCACCCAUCGGCUGGAGUAGCGGAGGCGCCUGGGCCGGUCCCAGUCCCAGCUUCGGGUUCAGCCCUCUGCCUCCCUCAUCGAGCCCGCAUGUAACAAAGGACGAACUUCUUGCUCUGCUGGCGGCCUGGAAAGAUGUGGAGCCCAAGCCGACUCCGUCACCACCACCCGAGCCGGAGGAUGAGCCGGUGCCGGAGGUAACCACCACCCAUCCUCCCGAAGAGGAGGAGGAGGAGGAGGAACCAGAACCGGAGGCCCCAGCACCAGCACCGGCCCAAGAGGCUCCAGCCGGACCUCCUCCCGGUGUGCCAGUUACCGUCUCGCUGCCAGCAUUGGUACCCAUUCAACUAGCCGCCAUGUGGCAGACGCCGGUGCCUGGCGCAGGAUCUGUGGGCCUCGGUCUGGGCGGACUUGGUGGUUUGUCGGGUCUGGGACUGGGUGGGGGCUUAGCAGCAGCCGGAAACGGACCAGCGGCUGCCACUGCACGCACCGCUACAGUCGCCCGUUCGCGUUCGCGAGCCCGGGCACGGGUCGGCGGUCGCCCUGCAAACGCCGCUUCCAUUCGCUUUCCCGUUGCCAAUCCCCGCAGCUUCGCCUCUGGCAACUAUGUGGCGCCCAGACCGCGCUACUAUCGCGCCGCUCCUUCACAGCUGGAGCCCACGCGGGUCGAUGUGAUGCCGCCGCCCGGGUAUUUGGCAUAUGGUCCGGGACAAGCACAGCUCGUCCCUGGCUAUUGGCAGUAG